AUGGAACGUGUUGAUUCCGAAGCGACCGUUUCAUCAUCCAGCACGUGUGGUGUGACCGUGUUACAGUACUUAUUGCAGAACGAAUCAACCGGAUCGAUCGUUGAAGGUUUACCCAGUAGUGUGAACACCACUUCAACCGCACUGGGAGUAGAUUCUUCUGUGCGAGUUUAUUCCUGCACUCAUCCCGGUUGCAAGAAGCUGUACUUAAAUGAGCAUCAUUUAAAAGCGCACGAAAAGUAUCACGGUGGAGAUGUUCCGAGCUAUCGCGAGCAGGCUUUGUCGAAGGUGAAUGGCAGUAAGGAAGAAGGAGAUAAGGAACAACAAAGUGGUUUGCGGUUUUUGCUAGAAAAUUAUCUUACAGAGCAUGUAGGGAAAGGUCAGCAUCAAUCUGGUAUUAUUGUAGAGGAAGAACUCGUGGAGGAUCAAGCGAAGGAAGCAGAUGACGAUGAGCAUGAAUUAAUUCAGUAUGAUGGAGAUGAUGGAGUAGAGGAAGAAACGCAGCAUCGUUCUGAUGUUGAAUUCGAUGAUUUGGUAAUCGAACAUGAAGACGGAUCGGAUAAUGAAGAGGAGUAUAUAGUUGAACCGCACUCGCAACCAGAUUCCCUCAUACAUUUCGAUUACGACGAUGAUGAUGAUGAUGAUGAGGAGGAGGAGGAGGAGGAUAAUUCAUUAGAGGACACGAAACAGCUCACAUACUCCAGCAAAGAUCGCAAAUAUCCCUGCACGUGGCCUGGGUGUAAUAAAACGUACAUCAAAGUAUCACACCUGAAAGUCCACCAACGAUCGCACACGGGCGAACUUCCCUUCGGAUGUAGCUGGACGGGAUGUCGGCAACGCUUUGCCCGGUCGGAAACGCUUAACCGACAUCUGGUGACACACACGAGCGAUCGCAAUCACAACUGUCGGUGGUGCGAGAAACGAUUCUUCCGGCGGGAUCAUUUGCUGGCGCACGUGCGACGACACAAUCUGCCCAAUAGCGAGAUUCAACAACUUUUCCCAGGGAUAAAGCUAACGAAAAAGGACUCGAAACGGAUGGAAGAACCGUUGAUGGUUGAUGGUCCAUCGAGGGAGAAAUGUUUUAGCAAAGAUAAUGCUUCUAAACCGAUCGUUCCCGAUCCGGACCCCCGACGAACGUUCCGAUGUUCGUAUGAAGGCUGCACCAAAAGCUACACACGCCAAAGUCAUUUAAAAGCGCACGAACUGUUACACACCGGUACGCUCCCGUUUCGCUGUCCAUGGCAAAACUGUGAGGCGGCCUUUGCACGGUCAUACGAGCUCUCACGCCAUCGCCGGAUGCAUUCUGGCGAGCGGAAGUUUGUGUGUCACAUCUGUCAGCAGGCAUUCAUACGUAGCGAUCACCUGUCGAGCCACGUUAAAAGGCACACGUUUCAGGCGGUACGAGUUGAGCACUGUGGCGAGGAUGUGCGGGUUAAGCUGAAGGUGAAAUAAUGUGUUCAAAGUACGA